GUGACGGGACAGCCGGGGAGAAGGAGGAGGAGUCCCAGCCCAUGGAAGAGGACAGGGUGAUGGUAGAAGGACCCGAAGAGGAACCCCAGAGCCCCGAGGUGGACAUGGACCAUGAGGUUGACCAUCGGGCAGAUGACACACAGGGCAGCCAAGUACCCAGAACACCCCGCAAACAUUCUUUCCAAGGGACCUACGCCGAAGACCUCCAAGAAGACAUGACCCAACCGCCGAGUAGCUCCAGCCAGAAGGUCUACGAGUGCGAGGUCUGCCAGAAGACCUUGGUCUCCAAAGGCGGCUUGAACCAACACCGCCGCAUCCACACGGGAGAGAAGCCCUUCAAGUGCCUGGAGUGCGGGAAGAGCUUCAUGUUGAGCGCGACGCUCCUGUGUCACUGGAGGACACACACCAACGAGAGGCCCUUUCUCUGCAACACCUGUGGGAAGGGCUUCUGCAGGCGCCCGGACCUCGUGUCCCACCAACGCACCCACACGGGAGAGCGGCCCUACCCCUGCCCGCGGUGCGAGAAGGCCUUCCGGAAGAGGGCUCACCUCAAGAAGCAUCUGAGAACCAUCCACAAUGGUGCCCAACUGGAGGCAGCACAACCACGCCGGGUGCCGCGGAAGCCACCGAAGAGCCAAGAGGGCGACGGGGGCACCACGAACGGACCGGUGCCCCUCGAGAAGAAGAAGAUCCACAAAUGCCCGGAUUGCGAGAAGACCUUCUGCUGGAGGAACAGCCUGAGUCGCCACCAACGCAAUCACACGGGAGAACGACCCUACAAGUGCCCGGAUUGCGAGAAGACCUUCAACGACGUCGCCAACUUCACCUGCCACUAUAGGAUCCAUAAGGGAGAGAGACCCUACCAGUGCCCCGAGUGUGGGCAACGCUUCACCCAGAGCUCCACCCUCUCCAAGCACAAGAAGAUCCACACUCAAGAAAAUCCGUUUUCCUGCUCGGAAUGUCGCUCGUCCUUCACACGGAAGGAGAAACUCGUCUUGCACCAACGCAUCCACGCCAAACCGAAGGAAGAAAAACAACUGGGGAACCUUGAGCAGAGAGAGGAAGUGGGAGAGAAACGGCUGGGUGGCCACCAGGGGCGCGGAGAUGGAGGAGGACCCUACGCUGGAGCUGAAGUUGCCCUGCAGCUCGUGGAGAUGACCG